AUGGACUCGUUUUUGAACACCACGGACCUUUCCAUUAACGCCACUAACGGCUCCGGUUUGAACGACACAGAGGGAUAUAACCAGUUCGUGCAGCCGAUCUGGCAGAUCGCUCUCUGGGCCAUCGCCUACUGCAGCAUGGUGUGCGUCUCGGUGAUCGGUAACCUGGUGGUCAUCUGGAUCAUCCUCGCGCACAAACGCAUGAGGACCGUGACCAACUACUUCCUGGUGAACCUUGCCUUUGCAGAGGCAUCUAUGUCUGCCUUCAACACAGUGAUAAACUUUGCAUACAGCAUCCAUAACGAGUGGUACUUUGGUUUGGGCUACUGUCGGUUCCAUAACUUCUUCCCCAUUGCAGCUGUCUUCACCAGCAUAUACUCCAUGACCGCCAUAGCACUGGAAAGGUACAUGGCUAUCAUCCACCCCCUGAGGCAGAGGUUGUCUUCAGCAGAGACCCGUGUAGUGAUCGGAGGGAUCUGGGUGUUAGCUCUACUAUUGGCCUUCCCCCAGUACUACUACUCAGCUACUGACCAGCUGCCUGGUAGGACUGUUUGUUACAUCCAAUGGCCUGAAUACUCCAAUGAUACAACCAUGGACUUCAAAAAGAUGUACUCUGUGUCUGUGGUGUUGCUGUACUACUUCCUGCCGCUGUGCAUUAUGGGAUGUGCCUACCUGGUGGUGGGCUCGUCCCUGUGGGCGGGGACUAUCCCUGGAGACUCCACCCACCGUUACCGAGAGCAGCUAAUCGCCAAACGCAAGGUCGUGAAGAUGAUGAUCGUGGUGGUGUGUACGUUUGCAGUGUGCUGGCUGCCUUACCACAUCUACUUCCUGCUCCAGCAGUUCCACCCUGACCCCAUGCAGCUGUUUGAGUGGCGCUACAUCCAGCAGGUCUACCUGGCUGUCCUGUGGUUGGCCAUGAGCUCCACCAUGUACAACCCUAUCAUCUACUGCUGUCUCAAUAACAGAUUCAGGGCAGGCUUUCAGCAGGUGUUCUGUUGGUGUCCGUGUGUUCCUGCCGCCUCCUACGAGGGACUGGAACUCAAGUCCACCCGCUACCUACAGACCCAGAUGAGUGUGUACCGGGCCAGCCGGAUGGAGACCAGUAUGUCAACAGUUCUGCAGCCCACUGAGGAGGAGCGCUGUGGGGCAGAGCAGCCAGCCAGCCCCCCUAUCACCCAGACAACCAUGGAGCUCACCUCCACCUCCAACGGCUCAGCCUCACGAUCAGCCCUCAACCCCCCCGACAGCCCUGCUUACUACAGCAGACAUAACAUGGACUAGUGGCCUAACAAACGCCUAACUGGAUUAGUCGUGGUUUAAUCUCACUAAAAUGUUACGUCAUUUGGUCAGCUGCUCGAUUAGGUUCUAGGGGGAAGUGUGUUAGAAAUGGAGAUUUCCGUUUUGUCUCCACUCUCACAAAAGGAAAAUCUCAGUCAAUCCCUCCCACCCCCUUCUGAUAUUUUCACCGGUAGUUAUCAUCCGCCGAAGUAAAGCAGUUUAAGCACCGCCUUCACCCAAUUCUGACAUGUCCAAAUAAACAGUGAUGAAACCCAAACCCCAGAAGUAAUGCUGCUCGUAUCCCAUAUUAUCCCGACAGGUGUACUGUACCAGUUAUGUUUACUGUAGGUACUGUCCACGGGAGAUUAUACGUGGUUUAGUGCACUAUAGCCUGGGCUACUGCUCUAUUCUCACACAUUCUAAUGCCGACACAACAUCGGCUAGGGCUGCCUCAAUUCGUUGGGGGAUGGACUCUACAAGGUGUCGAAAACAUUCCACAGGGAUGCUGGCCCAUGUUGACUCCAAUGCUUCCCACAGUUGUGUCCUUUGGGUGGUGGACUACUCUUGAUACACACGGGAAACUAUUGAGAGUGAAAAACUCAGCAGCGUUGCAGUUCUUGACACAAACUGUACUACCAUACCUCGUUCAAAGGCACUUAAAUAUUUUGUCUUACCUAUUAACCUUCUGAAUGGCACACAUACACAAUCCAUGUCUCAAUGCUUAAAAAUCAGUAUUUAACCUGUCUCCUCCCCUUCAUCUCCACUGAUUGAAGUGGAUUAAAUAAGUGUCAUUAUUAAGGGAUCGUAGCUUUUGCCUGGAUUCACCUGGUCAGUCUAUGUCUUUAAAAUAGCAGGUGUUCUAAAUGUUUUGUACAAUCAGUGUAUAUCAAACCUGGCUAGAGUCUAGAGCUCUUCUUUAGGCAGACAUGGGUUUUGUGGCCUUGAACCUCGUGUAGUGUUCUAUUCUCGUCUAAUAUAUCUGACCAGGCAGCUCAUAAGGAUUCUUUCCAUCAUUCCGGAACCCUAUGGCUGAUUAGGGCUGUGUUUGGAACACUCACCAAAUCGCUUCAGCUAGCA